AUGCAUUACAAAAUCAAUCUUCUCGCCGCUGCGGCUCUCGUCCCAGCCAUCCAGCUCUCUGCUGCUGAAACUAUUCUCGGUGCUUACAUCUUCCACCGCCACGGCGACCGCACAUCCAAAAGCACCCCGCCUGCCUCCCUCACUGACUUGGGAUACCAUGAAGUGCUCGGUGCAGGCACCAAUUUCCACGAUCGCUACAUUGCCGAUGGCUCAGCGACCCAGAUCUAUGGCAUCCAGAGCGAGACUGUCAAAUUGUCGCAAUUGGCCGUUAGUGCACCUCUGGAUAAUGUACUCCAGAAUUCGGCCGCGGGCUGGCUUCAGGGUCUCUACCCACCUGUCGGUGGUGCAUCAAACCAAACUCUCCGCAAUGGAACUGUCGUUGAAGCUCCCCUGAAUGGAUACCAGCUUAUCCCGAUCAGUAUCACGAGCUCCGGCAGCGGAAGUGAAAAUAACCCCUGGCUUCAGAGCUCUUCGUCCUGCAACAAUGCCCUGAUCAGCAGUAACGAAUUCUUCAACUCGGAUAUUUACUUGGAGUAUCUCAACUCCACUACUGAUUUGUACCAGAGUGUGGCUCCUGCAGUGAAUGCCACAUUCACCACGUCCCAGUUGAGCUUUAAAAAUGCAUAUGUUAUCUGGGAUCUGCUUAAUGUUGCAUUGAUCCACAACUCGACCACGACUUACCCGGCAUUGAGCAGCGUGAGCAACGAGACUAUGCAUGAGCUUUUCGUCCUGGCCAACAUUCACGAAUACAAUCUCGCCUACAACGCUUCUAGCACCGCGCGUGCCAUUGCCGGUGCCCAGCUUGCCAGCCAGGCCCUGCUUGCUCUCAAUGAAACCAUCACCACGAGAUCCGAUCCCCUCCUCAACGUCCAAUUCGGAUCAUACGGCACUUUCCAAUCUUAUUUUGGGCUUGCUAAUCUCCCUGCCGCCGACCCCAUUUUCUACGGUAUCCCAGACUACGCAUCUAGCAUGGUCUGGGAACUCGUCACCAACGCCACUGUGACCAGCGACGCGUUGCCAUCUGCAUCCGACAUCAGCGUGCGUUUCCUGUUUAACAACGGCACUUCAGCAACCACCACAAAUCUGACCGCGUACCCGCUAUUUGGUGGCUCGGAGAUCGAGCUACCCUGGUCCGACUUUGUGACUCAGACACAGAAAUUUGCCAUCACUAGCCAGGAUCAGUGGUGCCAGGUUUGUGGUAAUACUACCGGUGUCUGUGCGACUAGCACUGCUUCGACGAGUUCUUCGUCUGCUUCGGCGUCGUCGUCGAGCAGUGGAUCAGGUAUUUCGAAUGCUGUUGCGGGAGUGAUUGGUGCUAUGGUUACGCUUGGCGUAAUUCUGGGGUUGGAGGUUCUUGCUAUGUUGCUGGGUGGAUUGAGGUUGGUGAAGAAGAAGUCCCUGGCGGCUGCGGCUGCUGCAGGCACUGAGAGCGCUGCUGCUGGAAAGUAG